GCAGAAAGUAAAAGUUACUGACACUUUUCUAAGUGCUUUAUGUAUACUAAUUCAUGUAAUCCUCAUGACAGCUUAGGAGCAAGUAUCACGGGAGACAUCUGUAGGCAGCCCGCAGAGGGGAACCUGGAGGAACGACAAAGAGUAUGUAUUCCUGGUUCGUGGCAGCGUCAGUGAGAACUUCCAGGAUGCCUUCAUUGCCCUAAGAAGAACUUGGAAGAUGUGAACAGUCUGUCUAUUUUCAGGACCCCCUCAGUGUCAUACUGUUCUCUACUCUGGAGAAGAUGGUGUGUUCCCCAGACUUCUCUCUGCUAAGAGACCUCUUUCUGAUCCUGCUUUUCCAGAUGUCCAUGUGGGGCUCAGACUCCUUUUCAGUGACUGGCCCCUCGGAACCCAUCGUGGCCAUGCUGGGUGCAGACACGGUGCUGCCCUGCCGUGUAUACCCAGCCAUGAAUGUGGAGAGCAUGGAGAUCCGGUGGUUUCGCAACCAGUUCUCAGAGGCUGUGUUUGUGUAUCAGAAUGGAAUGGAGCAGGUGGGAGAACAACUAGUAGAUUUCAAAGGGAGAGUCGAGUUGGUGAAAGACUACAUCACUGAGGGGAGAGUAGCUGUGAGAAUCCACAGCCUCCGGGUCUCAGACAAUGGAAUGUACAAGUGCUUUUUUAAAAAAGGAACUGAUUUCGAAGAAGCCGUUUUGGAGCUAAAGGUGAUAGGUCUAGGUUCUGAUCCUCGUGUUUUCUUGGUGGGUCCAGAAGAUGGAGGAAUAAGGUUGAAGUGCACAGGCAAGGGAUGGUUUCCCCAGCCUGAAGUACAAUGGGAAGACGCGAAGGGAGAGAAGAUCCCAUCUGUCUCUGAGGACGAGAUACAAGAUGAUGAUGGCUUGUUUCAGAUUGAGGCAUCCCUCAUUGUGAGAGACAGCUCAAAGACACAAGUGUCCUGUUCCAUGAAGAACCCCUUCUUUGGACAAGAGCAAGUGGAAACCAUUUUUAUCCCAGAAUCCUUCUUCCCUAGGCCCUCUCCUUGGAAGGCAGCAUUUGCUGUGACUUUGGUGAUACUUGGGAUUUCGGUUGGUGCUAUUGUGUAUUUGACCUUGAAGGAACGACGGGGAAAGAAGAAACUAUCAAAAGUCAAGGGAGAAAAGGAGAAAGAAAGUAAAGUUAAAGAAUCACUUGAGAGAGAGCUUGCCAAAAGGAAAGAAUUAUAUCAGCAAGACUGGAGAAAAGCUGAGUUAUAUGCUGACUGGAGGAAGGAACAGUUCAAAGCAGUGGCUUUCACUCUGAAUCCGGAAACAGCUCAUCCCAACCUCUUCUUAUCUGAGAACAAACAACGCAUUUCUUUAAAAAAUAAUGUUCCCCAGAAUGGUGAUGCCCCAACACACGAAGAGCAAGGGGAGUCUGAAGCCAUCUUCAGUGUUCUGGGCGAGAAGUCCCUCACCAUGGAGAGGCAAUACUGGGAGGUAGAAGUAAAAAUGAGGAAAGAAGAUGGAUCUGCAACUCGAUGGGCUCUGGGCAUUUGCUCAGAGACAGCGAAGAGAGAGGGCUGGUUUGUAGAAAGGCCAGAGAAGCAUUUCUGGGUUUUGAUAUACAAGGAAGGAAAAGUCAUUGUUCCCACCUCCCAGGAAAUCUCUCUGUCACUGAGGCAGCAGCUCCACAGGAUAGGAGUUUUCCUGGACUGGGAAGCUGGGAACUUGUCCUUUUAUAACAUGGCCGAUGGGUCCCACAUUUAUACUUUUACUGACAUCGCCUUCUGUGGGAACUUUUUUCCUUAUUUUAGUCUUUGGGGUACUGGUACAUCUUUGACCAUCUGCUCAACUUCAGAUCAUCCUGAGAAUUCUCCUGAUUCUUCUCCAAAGACCUCUCUAACUCAUUUAAAUAGCUGUGAAACAAGCGUCCCCCAAGAAUCUAACUCUCUAUUAUAAGAAGUGAGUGUCAGCACCUCGCUGCCUCUGCUCAGGCUUCUUACAGGUAUGUUGUUGAGGAAUGCUGUCCUUCUUGAAGAGCAGGUCAUUCUCAUUAGGUUUAAAUUCAGCCUCUUUCAAAGAGAGAUAGAGGGAGAAAGAGAAAUGGGCAGCUAAAAAUGUCUGGGGGAAUUUCCUCUAGCGUCAUCUUUGGAGAAGUACUCGAUAUGGACAACAAUGAUUUGUCACAAGGAAACUCCAAGUAAACACAUGGGCCUUUCUUCAGUCCUGGUAUUUAUUGUAUUUUGAAGUAAAGAUGUUUAAAGCUUCAUUUAAA